CGGGGCGGGCCCAGCCCCGCUCGCUAUUAAAGCCGCGGGGUUCAGCCGCCGCCACGGUGCGCAGCCAUGGCGAACUACGUGCAGCUUAACACCGGCGCUAAGAUGCCCAUCCUGGGGCUGGGCACGUGGAAGUCUGAGCCAGGGAAAGUGACAGCGGCGGUGAUGGCUGCCAUCGAUGCCGGGUACCGCCACUUCGACUGUGCCUAUGUGUACCAGAACGAGAACGAAGUUGGGGAAGGGAUCCAGCAGAAAAUUAAGGAAGGCGUUGUGAAACGAGAAGACCUCUUCGUCGUCAGUAAGCUGUGGUGCACGUUUCAUGACAAGCCUCUGGUGAAGGGAGCCUGCCAGAAGACUCUUGCUGCCCUGAAACUGGAUUACCUGGAUCUGUACCUCAUCCACUGGCCUCUUGGUUUCAAGGCAGGAGAGGAGCUGUUCCCUGUAGAUGAGAAAGGCGUGGCUAUCCCCAGCAACACAGAUCUUCUAGAAACAUGGGAGGCCAUGGAAGAGCUGGUGGAUGCUGGCCUGGUGAAAGCCAUUGGAAUCUCCAACUUCAACCGUGAGCAGAUUGAAAGAAUCUUGAACAAGCCAGGACUGAAGUACAAGCCUGCAAAUAAUCAGGUGGAGUGUCAUCCAUACCUUACCCAGGAGAAGCUGAUCAAGUACUGUCAAUCCAAAGGGAUUUCUGUGACAGCAUACAGCCCCCUUGGCUCUCCUGACAGACCAUGGGCUAAGCCUGAGGAUCCUUCCCUUCUGGAUGACCCCAAGAUCAAGGAGAUUGCAGCCAAGCACAACAAAACCCCAGCACAGGUUCUCAUUCGGUUCCACAUUCAGAGAAAUGUGAUUGUGAUUCCCAAAUCCAUCACGCCACAGCGCAUUGUGGAGAAUUUCAGGGUGUUUGACUUUGAAUUGACUAAAGAGGAGAUAGCAACUAUUCUCAGCUUUAAUAGAAACUGGAGAGCCUGUGAAAUGACCAUGUGCAAAACUCACAAGGGCUACCCUUUCAAUGCAGAAUACUGAAGAUGGUUUCCUGCCUUUCUCCAGGCUUCCCAGAUAAGCUUCUGCUGUUGCCUAUGAGUUCUGUGUAGCUUUUUCACUGCAUCAGACACCCCUCCACUCCCCCAUUUUUUUGCCUUUUUUUUUUCUCCCACGAGGAUGCAGUAAAUGUACUCUGUGACCAUGCUGUUUUCUUUUUUGGAAGAAGGAAAUGCUGAAAUGGUUUUGAAGAGCACAUUGUGUGCCCUAGUAGAUUUUCUUUGCCAAACAGCAAGUCUGGAAUUGGUGGUAAGCAGAAAGCAUUGAGCAAGUUGAAUCAAGCAGUCACUUUGAUUUUGGAAUACUGUGAUAUUGGCAGAUGCCAUAUAAUGAGGUCUGGGUUUUUUUUUUUCUGGUUACUUUUGCGGUUGGUUCUGUUUCUUUGUAACACUCCAUGCCUUUUUCCCUCUAAUUGGAAGUAUAAGUUGAUCUCUAAGUGUUUUCUACACAGAUAGCUCUUUGGAAAGGGUAUAGAUCCUGGUUUCUUUGUGAUUUAAAAGCUGUUUUGCUUAUAAUAAAAUACAGUUUGAUUA